UCCACCGACGCUUAGACCUGGAUUGAGAGAUUUGAGAGACAGACAGAGAGCGAGCGUCUGGUUGGGAAUCGCGAUCGUCCCACCAGCCGGCCCCAGACACACACAGAGUCCCCCCAGACUCAGAGACAGAGACGACCGGGAGAAGAAGACGACGAUCGGACGGUUGAGGCGUUGUGGAAAUGACGUCAUCAUCGGGCGGUGGAAGGUAUAUGUCGUACUCGCCGUCGCCGUCGGCACCUCACUCUCCUCACCUUUCCGGCCUUCGCUCCGCCUCAUCCGCAGCUCUCGUCGCCGCCGAGCAAGAAAAAUAUCUAUCUGAGUUACUUGCGGAGCGCCACAAACUCGGUCCAUUUUUGCCUUUGCUACCGCAUUGCUGCAGGUUAAUAAACCAAGAAAUAUUGCGUGUAACUACACUGUUGGGGAAUGCAUCAGUUUUAGGUCAAAGUGGGCUUGAACAUGCUAGCCCCCUGGCUUCUGGAGGAAUGUUUUCAAAUGGAGGUGCUGAUGUGAACGGAUGGGCUUCACGGUUUCAAUCAGAAGUUUUAACGUACUUGGAUUCCACUGCUCAGAUGCCAGGUUUAUUACAGCCUUCGUCAACACAAAACUGGCUUAAUUCUCCAAGUAGCUCAUCUGGUCUAAUUGUUAAGCGAACAAUCCGAGUGGAUAUUCCAGUGGACAAAUAUCCUAAUUAUAACUUUGUUGGACGGUUGCUGGGCCCUAGGGGGAACUCUCUUAAACGAGUGGAAGCAACUACUGAGUGCCGUGUUCUGAUUAGGGGCCGUGGUAGCAUAAAAGAUCCGACGAGGGAAGAAAUGAUGAGAGGAAAGCCAGGGUAUGAACAUUUGAACGAGCCUCUUCAUAUUCUGGUGGAGGCAGAACUACCAGUUGAAAUUAUUGAUGCUCGUUUAUCGCAAGCACGUGAGGUACUUGAAGAUUUACUCAGGCCUGUGGAUGAGUCUCAGGAUUUCUACAAGAAACAGCAGCUGCGAGAGUUGGCGAUGCUCAAUGGUACACUUCGUGAAGAGGGUUCUCCAAUGUCUGGUUCUGUGUCACCCUUCCACAACAGUCUUGGUAUGAAGAGGGCCAAAACCAGGGGGUAAUGGAUGCUCUUCUUGGAGGGCUCUCGGAGCUUGUUUGUUAAUUUCUGCCAGUAAACAGCAGUUUCCACGCCACAGGUGUUGCUGUGUCAGCCAAUCCAACAACUGCCAUCGGGGCACUGGCAACACCAUUGUGUGCCAGUUCUAACUUGUUUCUAUAUCAAGUGUGUGUACCUACUGUUCGGGGGGGAGGUUGACGUAUCGCAUAAACAGGGACAGUUUGAUUUCGGGGGGUUUGCUUUUGUAUGUUGCAUUAGACAGUUUGGUCAGAGCAUUGCUCUCCAAGCCGGUCCUUAUACUAUUAUAAGCAUGUGAUGACAGUUUUGUUACCAUCUUGGGGUUUCUGUGAGUAAGCUAUGGCAUGGUGUGUAUACGAAUAGUGAGGCAAACAUAUGAUCUACCCGAAGCAUGUUGUCUGGGUUGGAGUAUGUUGUACUAUCUAGAUUGCAUUGGACUUGUUAAAAGAAUUCUUUGUUUUGUUCCA